AUGGGUGCUGGUGCCGCAACAGCUGCUCCUACCGAGGUCUCCUUCGCUCACCUCAUCGACCCCAACAGGAAGUGGUACAACAACAGGCGGUUGAUUGCCCUUCAUGCGUGGAUCGUCCUCCUGCUCAUCACCUCGUCGACCAACGGUUAUGACGGAAGUAUGAUGAACGGUCUCCAGUCCCUCGACCAAUGGCGGGUUGCUUUCAAUAACCCCUCUGGUGGUAUGCUUGGUCUCCUCAAUGCUAUCCAGAACAUCGGCGGUCUCGCCGGCUACCCCUUCGCCCCAUACGUCUCAGAUGGUAUUGGCCGUCGCAAGACGGUGUGGCUCGGUGCGACCAUCAUGCUGAUCGCUACGGCGCUCCAGACCGCAUCCCAGUCUGUCGGCAUGUUCAUCGGCGCUCGCUUCCUCAUCGGCUUUGGCCUGACGUUCGCUGCCAACGCUGCACCUCUGCUGGUCACCGAGGUCGCCUACCCCGCCUACCGUGCUCCUCUUACGUCGUUGUACAACUCGCUCUGGUACUCUGGUUCUAUUAUUGCUGCAUGGGUUACCUACGGUACUUUCCGCAUCAACUCGACGUGGGCAUGGCGUGUUCCCUCCCUUCUCCAGGGUCUUCCCUCGAUUCUCCAAUUUGUCCUCGUCUUGUUCGCUCCCGAGUCCCCUCGUUGGCUCGUCAACAAGGGCCGUGAGGCCGAGGCCCUCAAAGUCCUCGCCUACUACCACGCCGACGGCAACGACCAAGAUCCCCUCGUGCAAUACGAGUUUGAGGAGAUCAAGGCCGCCAUCGUCUUCGACCGCGAAGUUUCGCACAACGUCGGCUGGAAGUCGCUCGUCGCCACCCCGGGCAACCGCAAACGCAUGCGCAUCAUCGUCGCCCUCGCCUUCUUCUCCCAGUGGUCCGGUAACGGUCUCGUCUCGUACUACCUCAACCGGGUCUUCGACCUCAUUGGCAUCACCGGCUCGAGCACACAGCUCCUCAUCAAUGGCAUUCUACAGAUCUGGAACCUGUUCUGGGCCGUCGGCGCCGCGUUCUGCGCGGACCGUCUCGGGCGCCGUUUCCUCUUCUUGACUUCGGCGGCGGGAAUGCUCCUGUUCUACAUGGCGCAGGCCAUCUGCUUCGCGCAGUACUCCAAGACGGAGGCGCCCGCGGCGGGCCACGCCGUCAUCGGGUUCAUCUUCCUCUUCUACGCCGCGUACGACCUCGCGUUCACACCGCUCAUCGUGUCGUACACGGUCGAAAUUCUGCCGUUCCAGCUGCGCUCCAAGGGCUUCAACAUCUUCAACUUCGUCAUCUCGCUUGCGCUCAUCUUCAACCAGUACGUCAACCCAAUCGCGCUCGAUGCUCUUGGCUGGAAGUACUAUCUCGUCUACGUCUGCUGGCUCGCUGUCGAAGCCGUCUACCUGUACAUCUUCCUCAUCGAGACCAAGAACCGCACGCUCGAGGAGACCGCCGCGCUCUUCGACGGCGAGGAGAAGCUCGAGCAGAUCAAGCACGAGGCCGAGGUACACGAGCGCCGCGAGGACAACUCACCCGCCGACGAAAAGGGCGAGUACGCAUGAUCGAGCCUGCUCCCCCUUUCUCUUUCUCUCUCUCCCUCGCUCGCUUUUGUCUUUCAUUCUAUCGGGGUUUUGGGGUGGCUCAGGG